CAGACGGUAGGCAGAGCAGCCAGUACUUCUAUUAUUACAGGUCGACGUUGUGGCUAACGGGACUGCAGACGUUACAGCGAUGUCGUGGGACUUCUUUUUACCUGUGUGCAUAGGAGACUUGGUGAAGACCGGCGGGAUCAACCAAUAUGUCGUUCAGGAUGUGGUCUCCCCAAAACAGCUGCCAUCAUACCUCAGUAGAUUCAAGGCUGCAUUGAGAAGCCAGGGGCCUUUGUGUAUAUUGGAACAUUUUGACACAGGCUACAGUGUGCUACAGCAAUUUAACUCAGUGGAGCUGGGUGUGAAAGAGGAUACUCUGGAAAUACUAGUACAAGUGGUGAGUGGCCUGGCUGGUUCCCUGCCGGCAAUCCUCGUCUCCACCUCUGUCUCGGCUGCAGAGCGCAAAGAGAACCUGAAUGCUGUUAAGAUGAGCGUCUUCCUGCUCUGCAAGCUCACAGAGACCCUUGAGAGUUACUCUUGUAGACAGAGUAUUGUCACGGCACCUGGGAAGGGUGGUAAAAAAGGUAAAGCUGGUGGAGAGGGGCUGCUGCAGUGGGACUCAGAGAGAGAGAAGGUGCUGCAGGCCCUUGUCCAGCUCCUCCAGCUGGAUAUCCGUUCCCUCUGGAGCCUCUCUCUGGUGGAGGAAGAGUUCAUCAGCUGUGUGACCUGCUGCUGUUACAAACUACUGGAGAACCCUACCAUCAGCCAUGUGAAGAGCAAACCUACCAGAGAUUGUAUAAUUCACCUACUGGGGGUGCUGAUCAAGAAGUACAAUCACCUCCUGGGUGCAAGUGUAAAGGUGAUCCAGCUGCUGCAACACUUUGAGCAGUUAUCAUCUGUUUUUGCCCAAGCAGUGUCUGUGUGGAUCACAGAAUAUGGAAUCAGAGCUAUCAUAGGAGAAGUAAUAAGGGAGAUUGGUCAGAAGUCAAGCGAGGAGCUUGCCAGAGAGGGGUCAGGGGUCAAAGCCUUUGCUUGCUUCCUCUCAGAACUUAGUGCUCUGGUGCCUGAAUUAAUGAUCCCCAACAUUAGUGUGCUCAUCACACAUCUGGAAGGAGAGAGCCACACAAUGCGUGUUGCUGUGUGUGAAGUGCUUGGAGAGAUCCUUGUUCGGGUCCUGUGUGGUGAUGGCCUCGAUGAGUCUGGUAAAGCUGACCGCGACCGAUUCUUUGACACACUGCAGGAGCAUCUGCACGACACACAUUCCCACGUGAGGGCACGUGUGUUGCAGGUCUACACACGCAUUGUGAACAGCAAAGCACUCCCUCUGUGUAGGUACAGCGAAGUGAUGGAGCUUGCUGUGGGGCGACUUAUGGACAAAUCUAUAAAUGCUGUGAAGAGUGCUAUUCAGUUGUUGGCAGCCUUCAUUGCACACAACCCCUACAGCUGCAAGUUGAGCAGCGCAGACCUUAAGAAGCCACUGGAGAAAGAGACCGCUAAACUCAGAGAGAUGAAAGAGAAACUGGAGGGAAAAGCACCAGUGGCGGUGAUAAAAGCAUCUGAGCUGUGGGCCGCUAUGGAGCCUGAGCUGCUCGUUACUGUCAGGACAGAGCUGGAGCCCACAAGUGAAACAGAGAGGGAGCAGCAGGAGGACGAGAAUGAAAGGGAUGUGGAGGAAGAAAAGGAGGCAGAAGAUGACAGGGCAACUGCAGUGAAGAUUGCUCAGUACCUCCGUGUCAACAAAUACAGGAAUGCUGUGCGUCUUUGUAUAAGAGCUCACAGCUGCUUCCCUCAAUCUGAGAUGUUUGCUUCUCUGUCCACUGUCACCCCUGACACACUAAUGGAAACACUGGCUCUGAUUUUUAAAGGCUCUGAUGAGGACACUGCUGAGCUCAGCCAGAACUUGCCUCCAACUCCACAGAAAGAGGGGGAGAAGGAGGGUGAGGAUGGGGAGCUGAAGAAGCAGGAGAUGUUGGUGCAGUACCUGAGAGAUACAGAGACCUUCGCCUUACAAGUGGAGAGAGCAAUCUAUGUUAUCAACACCAUGCUGUAUUGGAAAACCACUUCAGUGGUCCAGGAGGCUGUGCAGUUCUGUGUGACAGUGUGCGAGUUCAGUGUUGCCAACUCUGUCAGUGGCGUGAGGAAGAUGUUGCCUCUUGUCUGGUCAACUGACACUGCCAUUAAAGAUGCUGUUGUCCAGGCCUAUAGGCGCCUUUAUCUGAACCCUCACGGAGAUACCAUCAGGAUGAAAGCCCAGACUCUUGUGGACAGUCUCUCCGAGCUGAUGGUUGAUGCAUCACUGGGAACAAUCCAGUGUCUUGAGGAAAUAGUCCAGGAGUUCUUUGGCAGUGACAGCAAUCUCCAGUCUACUGUAGUGCAAGUCUUGUGGGAGAGGUUUACUGGAAAACGGGAGACUUCUGGCUUACACAGGCGAGCUGCAGUGUUACUGCUGGGCAUGGCUGCACGGGCAGAGAGGGAAGUGGUUCUCAGUAAUCUGGACACUCUUUGUUCUGUGGCUCUUGGAGAAAAAGUGACUGAAGACUUCCUUCUGGCCAGAGACACAGUUAUAACCAUCUGCAGUAUCACUGACCAUGUCAGGCAAUCAAAAGGUUCUCCAUUCAGACUGCCCCAGGAGCAUCAGCUCUUCACCUGCCUCACACAGGCCAUCGCUGAAGGUGUGGUGAUGGAAGACCCUUACUGGCAGAGCUUCAUGGAACAGGCUGUCCGUCUCAUCUACUUCCUGGCGGAAUCUCCUGACCAGCUGUGCUCACGGCUGCUCCAGCGCAGUGCUCGCCUAUUACUAGAUCAGAUUGCAGAAGGUGGGGAAGUCAACAAAGAUCCUGGUCAAAUGCAAGAUGGAUCUCAAGAGUCCAGUGAGCAGGGUGAACAAGUGAACUGUGUGUGUCUGGCCCAGCUGUUGGCUCUGUGUGGCUGCGUGGCUUUCUGGCAGGUGUCUCACCUUGAGCGCAGUGUGAGCGCUGAGCUGCGGAGGAGGAGAGGAGAGACAGAGGAAAGGGAGGAGAAAGAAAAGGGCCCGUCUAGCAAAGCUAAGCAAGCAGCCAAUGAGAGUGCCAUGGAGGAGGAACUUGGGUUGAUCGGUGCUUCUGCUGAAGAUACGGAGGCUGAACUCAUCAGAAAGAUCUGUGAGACUGAAUUGCUGGCAGAGGAGAACCUGCUGUGUGCAUUCCUUCCCCUGCUGGUGAAAGUGUGCAGUUCCCCGGGUCGCUAUUCCCACCCACAGCUCACCACAGCUGCCUGUCUGGCACUCUCUCAGUAUAUGAUGAUAAGCCCAUCGGUGUGUGAAGAGAACAUCCGCCUCAUGUUUACAGUGCUGGAGCGCUCUUCUCUUCCUGUUGUCAGGGCCAAUGCCAUAAUAGCCCUCGGAGACCUCACUGUCCGUUUCCCAAACAUUUGUGAGCCCUGGACACAGAACCUGUAUGCCAGGCUCAGUGAUGAGGUUCCCUCAGUGAGGCAGACAGCUGUCACAGUUCUUACUCAGUUGGUGCUUAAGGAUGUGCUCAAGGUCAAAGGUCAAGUCAGUGAGGUGGCUGUGCUGCUAAUUGACCCUGAGCCGCACAUUACCAGCCUUGCCCUGAACUUCUUCAAUGAGUUGGCCACCAAGGACAAUGCGAUCUACAAUCUGCUUCCAGACAUAAUCAGUCGCCUGUCUGAUCCAGAGAGAGGCAUGAGCUCAGGGGACUUCAACACCAUCAUGAAACAGUUGUUCUCCUACAUCACCAAAGAAAGGCAGACCGAGUCUCUGGUAGAGAAACUGUGUCAGCGCUUUAGGACUGCCAAGACGGAGCGUCAGUGGUGUGACUUGGCCAUGUCUCUGUCUCUGCUGUCCAUGUGUGAGCGUGGUUUUAAGAGGCUGCAGGAGUGCUGGGAAUGCUACAGUGACAAGUUGACUGAGCCUGGAGUUUACCAGCCUCUGCUCUCCAUUACCGCCAAGCUUCGGCGUGGGGCCAAACCCCAGUUUAAGGCCCAGGUCGAUGAGUUUGAAAAGCGGCUGACUGCAGUCCACACACGGGGGCUGGAGAAUGUAGAAAGCCCUGAGAUGGAGGAAGAGAACCAAAAAGAAGGAUCAAGUGAGAAGACAGUCAUGCGAACACCUUUGCCCACCAAAGGCCGUCCGAGGACCAGGAGAGGUCAAACAAAGCCUUCAGUUUCUAGCCAAGGUGAUGACAGUUUUGUGACGCCUCAGAAAUCUCGCAAGUCCAAGAAACCUGUGAUCACCUUCAGCAGUGAUGAGGAGGAGGAUGAGGAGGAUGCUGUAAUGGCAGAGAGUGAAACCCCUAAAGUGACAACACCCAUCGCCCGCACAUCCAGACGAGCUCGCCUCAGAAACUGAUCAUAUUUUUCCUUGUUUUUGUCUUAUUUCUGUGUCCCCUUUCUCUUUCUUUUUUUUUCUUUUUUAAAUCUUUUUUAAAAGAUGCUAGCACUAGGCACUAAACUAUAGUAAUCUGAUGACAUAAAGUCAAGAUGUUUUUAAUAAACUUGU